AUGUCAGAUCAAAAAUCCUACACCGCAAGCUGCCACUGCGGCGCCGUCAAACUCUCCUUCUCUACCUCCCCUCCAAUCGAAGAAACGGACGUCGUCUCAUGCAACUGCUCCAUCUGCCAUAUCAACGGCUACAUGCUCACCUACGUCCCUACCUCAAAGAUAACGUUUGAGAUGGACAAGGAUGCAGUAACGGUAUAG